CACUCCUCACUCCGCUCUGAGCCCACAGAGCCGUGGGUUUCCCGGCAGACAGACGCCUCUCGGCCUCCCCGGGCAGACAAUCCCCGACCCGUGUCCCUCCCGAGAUGGCCGACGUCGCCACAGACCUCUGGGUCGGGCCGGGCCCGCAGGCCCCGAUCCCGCCAGGCCUGGACGGUCCGGCCCAGAGAGAGGGCCCCGGCCCCCCGGCCAGCCGAGGGGAGGUCGAGGCAGGGCCUCAGGGGGCAGAAGAGGAAGUGGGGGCUCUCGGGGACGAGGGGGAGGUCCUGUGUGACUUCUGCCUGGAGGACAGGGUGAAGGCCGUCAAGUCCUGCCUGGUCUGCAUGGUGAACUACUGCCAGGAGCAUCUGCGGCCCCACCAGCUGAACAGCAAGCUGCAUGACCACGCCCUGGCAGAGCCCACCAAGGACAGGGCCGUGCGGGCCUGUGCCACCCACCACGCCCAGCUGACCCACUUCUGCCGCCUGGACCAGCAGUGCAUCUGCGAGGAGUGCCGCAGGGAAGACCACCUCGGCCACCCGGCCGACCCCCUGGAGAGGGCGAGGAAGGAAAAGGAGGAUGAACUCCGCCGCACCCAACUGGAUUUUGAUCGAAGGAUCUCGACAGCCGAGAAUGCUAUCGGCAGACUACAGGCCAACACCAAGUCCAUCGUGAACUCCGUCUCCGAAGUGAAGGCGGCGGCGGAAGAGCAGUUUGGAGAGCUGAUGGGGGCGGUCCGGAAGGCCCAGUCCGAGGUCCUGGAGUUCCUGGAGGGGAAAGAGCGGGCCGCCGUGAGCCACGCCAACGGCAUCAGGACUCACCUGGAGAACCAGUGUGCCCAGAUGGGGCAGAGCCAACGGCAGCUGGAAGGGCUAGCCGGACUCACCAAUCCCGUCCUCUUCCUGGAGGAAUACUGCAAGUUCAAGAAGAGCGUGGAAGACAGCCCGGUUCCAAGCGUUUACAUUGGCUUGAAGGAUAAGCUUUCCGGCAUCCGGACGGUCAUCACCGACUCCACCGCUCUGCUCGUCCAGCAGCUGCAGGACUACAAGGGGAAACUCCAGGAGUUUGCAAAGGAGGAGGAGUACGAGAUCUCUACCCAGGUGUCGGCCUACGUCCCCCGCAAAUACUGGGUCUCCUACCCGGAGCCUGUCAGUCGGCAGGAGUUUCUCAAGUACGCCCACUCGAUCUCGUUGGACCCCGACACGGCCCACCGGUACCUGCGGCUGCUGGAGGAGAACCGCAGGGUGACCAACACCACCCCCUGGGAGCACGCUUACCCCGACCACCCGGACCGGUUCGAACACUGGCGUCAGGUGCUGGCCAAGCAGAGCCUCUACCUGCACCGCUACUAUUUCGAGGUGGAAGUUUCCGGGGCCGGCACCUACGUGGGGGUGACCUAUCGCAGCAUCGACCGGAAGGGGACGGAGAGCAACGGCUGCAUCUCCGGGAAUAACUUCUCCUGGAGCCUCCACUGGGGCGGCCGAGAGUUCUCCGCCUGGCACAGCGACGCGGAGCUGCCCUUGCAGGCCGGCCCCUUCCCCAGGCUCGGUGUCUACCUCAACUACCCCGGGGAGACCCUCUCCUUCUACGGCGUCUCGGCCGAUGCCAUGACGCUCCUCCACAGGUUCGCCUGCAAGUUCGCCGAGCCCGUCUUCCCCGCCUUCUGGCUGUCCAAGAAAGACAACUCCGUCAGGAUCGUGGAGCUGACCGGAGACGGGCAGGACAGCGUGGCCUCCGCCCCGCCGGAUCAGCUCGGCUAAGGGAAGCCGUGUGGCCUAGUGGGAAGGGUUUGGGGCCUGGGAGUCGGAGGAUCGGA